GGGCUGUGCGCUGGGCGUGGCGGGCGGGUGUGGCCAUGGGUGUGGGUCUGUGAGGGACCGGCCGGGAGGGCGUCGCGCGGCCUCGGGUGACAUGCGGGGGGCGGCGAGCGCGGGUGCUCGCGAGCCGACGCCGCUUCGGGGUAGAGGCGCCCCCCGCACAAAGCCCCGGGCGGGCCGAGGCCCGACGACAGGGACUCCAGCCACCUUGGCCCUCCCUGCCCGGGGAAGGCCGCGCUCAAGGAAUGGCCUCGCAACCAAAGGCCAGCGAGGAGCGGCCACUACGGGGCCUGGGCACAGAGCUCUGCCUUCCAGGGACACUGCUCUUCCCAAGGAGAGAAACCAGAAGCUGGAGGCUGCGGGGACAGGAAUUGAACCUAAAGCCAUGCCCCAGGGCUUGGUGACAUUUGGGGAUGUGGCCGUAGAUUUCUCCCAAGAGGAGUGGGAGUGGCUGAACCCCAAUCAGAGGAAUUUAUACAGGAAGGUGAUGUUGGAGAACUACAGGAACCUGGCAUCGCUGGGACUUUGUGUUUCUAAGCCCGAUGUGAUCUCCUCAUUGGAACAAGGAAAAGAGCCUUGGACAGUGAAGAGAAAAAUGACAAGAGCCUGGUGCCCAGACUUGAAGACUGUGCGGAAGAUCAAGGAGUUACCUCUCAAGAAGGACUUCUGUGAAGGAAAGCUAUCCCAGGCAGUGAUAACAGAGAGACUCACAAGCUAUACUCUGGAGUACUCUCUGUUAGGGGAACACUGGGAUUAUGAUGCUCUGUUUGACACACAGCCGGGCUUGGUGACUAUCAAAAACCUGGCUGUUGACUUCCCCCAGCAGCUACACCCAGCUCAGAAGAAUUUCUGUAAGAAUGGGAUAUGGGAGAACCAUAGUGACCUGGGAUCAGCAGGACAUUGUGUGGCUAAGCCAGAUUUAGUCUCUUUACUACAGCAAGAAAAGGAGCCCUGGAUGGUGAAGCAAGAACUGACAGGAAGCCUGUUAUCAGGCCAGCGAUCUGUACGUGAGACCCAGGAAUUAUUUCCAAAGCAAGAUUCAUAUGCUGAAGGAGAAACAGACAGAACCUCAAACACUAAACUUGAGUGUUCCAGUUUCAGAGAAAAUUGGGAUUCUGACUGUGUGUUUGGAAGGAAGCUUGCAGUAGGUCGAGAGACACAAUUCAGGGAAGAGCCAAUUACUCAUAACAAAACCCUCUCUAGGGAAAGAGAACGUACAUAUAACAAAUCUGGAAGAUGGUUUCAUUUGGAUGAUUCAGAAGAGAAAGUUCAUAAUCGUGAUUCAAUUAAAAAUUUUCAAAAAAGUUCAGUGGUAAUAAAACAGACAGGCAUCUAUGCAGGAAAAAAGCUUUUCAAGUGUAAUGAAUGUAAGAAAACUUUUACCCAGAGCUCAUCUCUUACUGUUCAUCAGAGAAUUCAUACUGGAGAGAAACCUUAUAAAUGUAACGAGUGUGGGAAGGCCUUUAGUGAUGGCUCGUCCUUUGCCCGACACCAGAGAUGUCACACUGGCAAGAAGCCCUAUGAGUGCAUUGAGUGUGGGAAAGCUUUCAUCCAGAACACAUCCCUUAUCCGUCACUGGAGAUACUAUCACACUGGGGAGAAACCCUUUGAUUGCAUCGAUUGUGGGAAAGCCUUCAGUGACCACAUAGGGCUUAAUCAACACAGGAGAAUUCAUACUGGAGAGAAACCUUACAAAUGUGAUGUAUGUCACAAAUCCUUCAGGUAUGGUUCCUCCCUUACUGUACAUCAAAGGAUUCAUACUGGAGAAAAACCAUAUGAAUGUGAUGUUUGCAGAAAAGCCUUCAGCCAUCAUGCAUCACUCACUCAACAUCAAAGAGUACAUUCUGGAGAAAAGCCUUUUAAGUGUAAAGAGUGCGGAAAAGCUUUUAGGCAGAAUAUACACCUUGCCAGUCAUUUAAGGAUUCAUACUGGGGAAAAGCCUUUUGAAUGUGGGGAGUGUGGAAAAUCCUUCAGCAUCAGUUCUCAGCUUGCCACUCAUCAGAGAAUCCAUACUGGAGAGAAGCCCUAUGAAUGUAAGGUUUGUAGUAAAGCGUUCACCCAGAAGGCUCACCUUGCACAGCAUCAGAAAACCCAUACAGGAGAGAAACCAUAUGAGUGCAAGGAAUGCGGUAAAGCCUUCAGCCAGACCACACACCUCAUUCAACAUCAGAGAGUUCACACUGGUGAGAAACCCUAUAAAUGUAUAGAAUGUGGGAAAGCCUUUGGUGAUAACUCAUCCUGUACUCAACAUCAAAGACUACACACUGGCCAAAGACCUUAUGAAUGUAUUGAGUGUGGAAAAGCAUUCAAGACAAAAUCCUCCCUUAUUUGUCAUCGCAGAAGUCAUACUGGAGAAAAACCUUAUGAAUGUAGUGCGUGUGGCAAAGCCUUUAGUCAUCGUCAAUCCCUUAGUGUACAUCAGAGAAUUCAUUCUGGAAAGAAACCAUAUGAAUGUAAGGAAUGUAGGAAAACCUUCAUCCAAAUUGGACACCUUAAUCAACAUAAGAGGGUUCAUACUGGAGAGAGAUCUUACAACUAUAAGAAAAGCAGAAAAGUCUUCAGGCAAACUGCACACUUAGCUCAUCAUCAGCGAAUUCAUACUGGAGAGUCGUCAACAUGCCCCUCUUUACCUUCCACAUCAAAUCCCGUGGAUCUGUUUCCCAAAUUUCUCUGGAAUCCAUCCUCCCUCCCAUCACCAUAGCCUCAAGACGUCAUUUCUGUUUGAGUACUCCAGCAGUUUAAAACCCCAUCUCCCUGCCCUUUUGUUUUCUUUUUGUCCCUUAUUAGUUUGUUCUUCACAUAAGUGUAAAUGUAACUUAUUCACUCCUCUUGUAAAACUUAUAGUUUCUUUAAUUGGUUAAUGCGUGAGAUGUGCUCAGCACAAUGUCUGGUCCAUAUUAAGUGCUCAGUAAACUUAGCUCUUUUAAAAACUUUGUAUUUGAACGUUGAAAAGUUACAGUAGUCAGCUCUGAUAAAAAACGAUGCAGUAGGAUGAGGGUAGGAAAAAGCACAUUUUAGAGCAGGAACAGCGUUCUCCAGUAGUGGGUGAGGUUUUGCCUUUGUUGGUUUAAAACUUGAUUCUAUAAUGCCGAGUUAGUUUUGUGGCUUUCCAUCUGACCCUGUGUGAAUGUAAGGUGAUGUGACCUUGUUGGUGAGAAAAUUAAACUUUACAUUUGACUUGA